UCGUGACAGUUCUAAGAGUCGGAGUAAAAGAGGUUUGACAGGAUAGUAAGGAAUGGAGUUUAUUACUCUGCAAUACAUAAAUUUAAAUAAGUAAAUUAAUUUAAAGUAAACGAAAAGUUUGUAAAAUGUCCGGUGAAACUGAUAUUUUCGACGAUACUGAAGCGCAAUUGCCACAAGACCUUGGAGAUGAUGUUGUUCAAGAAGUUUUGAAAACUGGGACAGAUUUACGUCAAUAUUCCAGGCAGAUUGAAAAAGAACUAAAGGAAGUUGAAAAUAAAUCUAUUCAGGAUUAUAUAAAAGAAAGUGAAAAUAUUGCGAGUCUCCAUAAUCAAAUUGCUGCAUGUGAUAAUAUCUUAGAGAAAAUGGAAUCCAUGUUGAUGAGUUUUCAAUUAGACUUAGGAAGUAUUAGCUCAGAAAUACUUUAUUUGCAACGUAAAUCUGUGGCAAUGAGUCAACAAUUGUCUAAUAGACAAAUAAUCAGAGGACCACUUAGUCAAUUUAUUGAAGAUAUGACAGUGUCAGAAGCUCUUAUUGCGGGUAUUAUGGAUUGCCCAGUAACUGAAAAAGAAUUUUUAACGCAACUACAAACAUUGAACCAUAAAAUAAAUUUUGUAAAAGAGCAGAGUUUUAAGGAAGCAAAGUCAUGCUUAGAUGUGAAAGAUAUAUUAGAAAAACUAAAAGUGAAAGCAUUAGCAAAGAUCCGUACAUAUCUUUUGGAGCAGAUUUAUAAAUUUAGGAAACCAAUGACAAAUUAUCAAGUGCCACAGAAUAAUAUGUUGAAAUAUAAAUUUUUUUUUGAGUUUAUUUUAGCAAAUGAAAGAAAUGUGACACAAGAAAUUUGUGCAGAAUAUAUUAGCACAAUGAGUAAAAUAUAUUAUUCAUAUUUUAAGUCAUAUUCUUCAAGACUAAUGAAGUUGCAGUUUGAGGAAGGAGCUACUAAAGAUGAUUUGAUGGGGGUUGAAGACACUGCAGGGAGAGGUAUUUUUCAUAAGACUACAUUAAAACAUAGAGGCACAGUAUUUUCUAUAGGUAGCAGAGGAGAUGUAUUAAAUUCUCAAUUAGAAGCACCCAUUAUAAUACCUCAUACUGCAUCUAAAACAAGGUAUCAUUAUGAAGCUUUGUUUAGAAGUGAACAAUAUGCUCUUGUAGAUAAUGCUUGUAGAGAAUAUUUAUUUUUAACUGAAUUUUUUAAAAUGCGUGGUGCGCAAGCAAUGGAUAUUUUUAAUGAGGUAAUGGGAAAAACAUUAAAUCUAAUGGUGAAAAAUUUACAAUCUUUUGUGGAAGAUUGUUACGAUACCAUUGCUUUAUUCUUGUGUUUACAUUUAGUAAUGCGAUAUCGAUUAACUUGUCAUAAAAGAGCAGUACCGGCUUUAGAUAGAUAUUGGGACAACAUGACAUCGGUAAUUUGGCCUAGAUUUGAAUAUGUUUUUCAAUUGAAUAUUCAAAGUAUAAAACAUUGUGAUCCAUUUAAGCUCACUCAAGAAACAGGACCACAUUAUAUUACACGAAGAUAUGCUGAAUUUAGUGCUGCAAUGGUUAGUGUAGUUGAAGGAUUUCCUUGUGAAGGAGCCACACAAUUAUUAGCAGAAUUAAGAGAAGCUGUACAAUGUUUCCUGUUAAGU